GGGCAAUCUGCGUCAUGAUCGACAAAACCAUCCAAAGUUCACCCCUCUUCCUUCAACACCAUUUAUUCUACUUACCGGGCCCGAACCUUAGUCUUCAUUAAUUUACAUACUAAUAAGCAGCAUUGACAAAAUGUCCGAAACAACUCUGGAUAUGGAUGCCAUCCUGGCAACCUACCGCAGCGAAGCAACUUUUGAAACCACCGACAGCCUCGGCCUCGAUGUUGAAGACCCAAAAACGCAGUACGAGUCUGGCACUGUACCAUACUCGUUCGUCGAGCCCUCCACUCGUAUGCUCAAAGUCUAUCACCAAGAAAUUGCCCCAUUUCUCUCCAGCGCCGGCGUGAUAGGCAUGGUCACAAACGUGUCACAUGGCACCUUUCACAAACGACCAGCAUCGCUCAUCAUCUUCUCCUUUUCCCUCCGAAGUGGCGAGCAUGGCUUUCGCUUCAAGAACGCCAAUAUUAAAAUCACCCUCUCGAAACACUCAUCUUCUUCCCCAGCCGACGCAAGUCCGGCUGUACUCAAAUUCGCGCCGAGGAAGAUCUAUGGGCUGCCUACUGUGGAAGGCAGGAAGAACACUGUGGGUGGAGAACUCACGUUGCAGGUUCCUGCUGGUCCGCUGACUGUCGGGCCUGGGAUGAAAGGAGAACGAGAAACGGAGUAUGAGAAGCAAUAUCGCUUCGAGACGGUCGGGAAUUUCUGGAGCAGCAAGAUGGGAACUGAUUGGGAUAUCGUCUAUUGGGAUAUGAGAGAGAAUAAACGUACCAAGGAAGGAAUCCCAGACAGACUGAACGUUGCUGUGGUUGUGGAAACAUCUGGACCAUUUAUUGCUAGUGUUGAAGUCGUGGUCGACACGCCUUUCGCGAAUGGGUUUCUGAGCAGUCCAUGGACGAAGAGUGAUCCGGCGGUUUUUGUACCGGGCGUGGUGAUGGGUAAUCAACCUCGGACGACGAACUUUGAUGAGUUGACGCAUGAGGAAUGGAGAGCCAUGAUCCCAUUUGAAGAGGAGUGGGAGAAUAAAUUGACGGAUGAGGCAGAAUUUGAGAUGACUUCGGCUACAGAGCAGAGUCGCCCUGGUAAUGCGUUUGUUGGAAGCGGAGACCUGAAAGUCAAUGCCAGACUUUUGGAAGAAGAGGAAAGUGAUGAUAGAUAGUCAGGAUAUCAAUUUUAGCAGACCAU